GGCGUCGGUGCCCGGGGGGCCAUGGCGGCGGCGGGGCUCCUGCUGGGUCUGGCGCUGCUGGCGCCGCGGGCCGCCGGCGCGGGCAUGGGCGCGUGCUACGACGACGCGGGGCGGCCGCAGCGCUGCCUGCCGGUGUUCGAGAACGCGGCGUUCGGCCGGCGCGCCGAGGCCUCGCACACGUGCGGCCGCCCGCCCGAGGACUUCUGCCCGCACGUGGGCGCGCCGGGCGCGGGGGCGCAGUGCCAGCGCUGCGACGCCGCCGACCCCCGGCUCCGCCACGACGCCGCCUACCUCACCGACUUCCACAGCCAGGACGACAGCACCUGGUGGCAGAGCCCGUCCAUGGCCUUCGGCGUGCAGUACCCCACCUCGGUCAACAUCACCCUCCGCCUGGGGAAGGCUUACGAGAUCACCUACGUGAGGCUGAAGUUCCACACUAGUCGCCCUGAGAGCUUUGCCAUCUACAAGCGCACCCAGGCUGGUGGCCCGUGGGAGCCCUACCAGUACUACAGUGCCUCCUGCCAGAAGACCUACGGCAGGCCCGAGGGCCAGUACCUGCGUCCCGGCGAGGACGAGCGCGUGGCCUUCUGCACCUCCGAGUUCAGUGACAUCUCCCCGCUGAGCGGUGGCAACGUGGCCUUCUCCACGCUGGAGGGCCGGCCUAGUGCUUACAACUUCGAGGAGAGCCCUGUGUUGCAGGAGUGGGUCACCAGCACCGAGCUCCUCAUCUCCCUGGACCGGCUCAACACGUUUGGGGACGACAUCUUCAAGGAUCCCAAGGUGCUGCAGUCCUACUACUAUGCUGUGUCCGACUUCUCCGUGGGUGGCAGGUGCAAGUGCAACGGGCAUGCCAGUGAGUGUGGUCCUGAUGCGGCAGGCCAGCUGGCCUGCCGGUGCCAGCACAACACCACAGGCACCGACUGCGAGCGCUGCCUGCCCUUCUUCCAGGACCGCCCGUGGGCCCGCGGCACGGCUGAGGCCGCCAACGAGUGUGUGCCCUGUAACUGCAGCGGCCACUCGGACGAGUGUGUGUUCGACCGGGAGCUCUUCCGCAGCACCGGCCACGGCGGGCGCUGCCUCCGCUGCCGGGACCACACAGCCGGGCCACACUGCGAGCACUGCCAGGAGGACUUCUACCACUGGAGCCCCCGGACGCCGUGCCAGCCCUGCGACUGCCACCCGGCAGGCUCCUUGCACCUCCAGUGUGAUGCCUCGGGCACCUGCGUCUGCAAGCCCACGGUGACGGGCUGGAAGUGUGACCGCUGCCGGCCCGGGUUCCACACGCUCAGCGACGGAGGCUGCAGACCGUGUGCCUGCAGUGAAGCCGGCAGCCUGGGCACCUGUGACCCCCACAGCGGACGCUGCCCCUGUAAGGAGAAUGUGGAAGGCCACCUGUGUGACAGGUGCCGCCCUGGGACCUUCAGCCUGCAGCCCCACAACCCUGCCGGCUGCACCAGCUGCUUCUGCUUCGGCCACUCCAAGGUGUGUGCGGCCGCGGCCCAGUUUCGGGAGCAUCACAUCCUCUCCGACCUCCGCCAGGGAGCCGAGGGCUGGCGGAGGGGAAGUGUGGGGGGCCCUGAGCAUCCCACACGAUGGAGCCCGAGGGGGCUCCUCCUGAAUCCAGAAGAUGAGGAAGAACUCACGCUACCAGAGAAGUUCCUGGGAGACCAGCGGUUCAGCUACGGACAGCCGCUCACACUGACCUUCCGGGUCCCUCCUGGGGGCUCCCUGCCCCGCGUGCAGCUGAGGCUGGAAGGGGCGGGCCUGGCCCUGACUCUGCAGCCCUCCGGCCUCCCCCUCCCUGGGCCCCCAGACUCCCACCAGCCCAGGGAGGUGGGGCUCAGGUUCAGGUUGCAGGAGACCUCCGAGGACGCGGACCCUCCGCUGCCCCCCUUCCACUUCCAGCGGCUGCUCGCCAAUCUGACGGCUCUGCGCAUCCAGGCUGGCGGCCGCGGCCCAGGCCCUUCUGGCCAGGUGUUCCUGACCGAGGUCCAGCUCACAUCAGCCCAGCGGGGGCUCUCCCCCCCAGCCUCAUGGGUGGAGACCUGCUCGUGUCCCAAGGGGUACACAGGCCAGUUCUGUGAGUCCUGUGCUCCAGGGUACAAGAGGGAGAUCCCACUGGGGGGUCCCUAUACCGACUGUGUCCCCUGCACCUGCAACCAGCACGGCACCUGUGAUCCCCACACAGGGAUCUGCCAGUGCGGCCAUCACACCGAGGGCCCCUCCUGUGAGCGCUGCUUGCCAGGUUUCUAUGGCAACCCCUUCGCAGGCCAGGCCGACGACUGCCAGCCCUGUCCGUGCCCCGGAGGGUCGGCCUGCACAGCCAUCCCAGAGAGCAGCGAAGUGGUGUGUACCCACUGCCCGCUGGGCCAGAGAGGGCGACGCUGUGAGAUCUGUGAUGAUGGCUACUUCGGGGACCCUCUGGGGCUCUCUGGGGCUCCCCAGCCUUGCCAGCGGUGCCAGUGCAGUGGGAACGUGGACCCCAAUGCUGUGGGCAAUUGCGACCCCCUGUCCGGCCACUGUCUACGUUGCCUGCACCACACGACUGGGGCCCACUGCGAACGCUGUCAGGACGGCUUCUACGGGAACGCCCUCGCCCCUCGGCCUGCAGACAGAUGCACACCCUGUGGCUGCCACCCCAAGGGCUCCGUCAGUGAGCAGAGAACCUGUGACCCGGUGACCGGCCAGUGCCCCUGCCUGCCUCAUGUGAUGGGAAGGGACUGCAGCCGCUGCAGCCCUGGCUUCUACGACCUCCAGGCCGGGAGGGGCUGCCGUAGCUGCACGUGUCAUCCGCUGGGCUCCCAGGAGGACCGGUGCCACUCCAAGACUGGGCAGUGCCCGUGUCGCCCGGGCGUUGAGGGCCAGGCCUGCGACAGAUGCCGGCUGGGUUUCUUCGGCUUCUCCAUCACGGGCUGCCGAGCCUGCAGGUGCUCCCCAUUGGGCGCCGCCUCGGCCCAGUGCCACAAGAGCGGCACGUGCGUGUGCAAGCCUGGCUUCGUGGGCUACAAGUGUGACCGCUGCCAGGACAACUUCUUCCUUACGGCUGGUGGCACACGCUGUGAGGAGUGCCCAUCCUGCUACACCCUAGUGAAGGAGGAGGCUGCCAAGCUGAAGGCCAGGCUGACCCUGAUGGAGGGGUGGCUGCAGAGGUCUGACUGUGGCCAGCCCUGGGAACCACUGCACAUUCUGCAGGGAGAGGCCCCACGGGGGGACGUCUACCAGGGUCACCACCUGCUGCAAGGAGCCCGGGAGGCCUUCCUGGAGCAGGUGACCGGCCUCGAGGGUGCAGUGAAGGCUGCGCGGGAGCAGCUGCGGGAGCUGAGCAGGGGUGCCCGCUGUGCCCAGGCCCAGGCAGAGAAGACCUGCAUUCAGCUGGCAGAGCUUGACACAGCGCUGGAGUCCUCGGAAGAAGAGAUUGUGCAGGCGGCCAUCGUCCUCAAAUCUCUGGUGAUUCCUCAGGAAGGGUCCAGCCAGCCCACCACCUGGAGCCCCCUGGCCACAGAGGCCCGUGCCCUCGCCAGGAGCCACAGGGACGCCACUGCCAGGAUUGAAGCCACGGCUCAGAGGGCCCUGGUCGCCUCCAACACCAGCUAUGCGCUUCUCUGGAGUCUGCUGGAGGGCAGGGUGGCCUCGGAGGCCCAGCAGGACCUGGAGGACAGGUACCAAGAGGUCCAGGCGGCCCAGAAGGCGCUGGGCAGAGCUGUGGCACAGACGCUGCCCGAAGCAGAGAGGGCACUGGCCGCCGUGCAGCGAGUCCGUGCAGACGCCGCCCUGGGCCUGGCUUCGCCAGCGGCCCCCUCAGCACUGCCUCAGAAGUCCCAGGUGGGGGCCCUGAGCCAGAAGGUGCAGGCCCUGGAGGAGACGGUCGCAUCCAGAGAGCGCCGGGUCACUGAGGCGGCCCGGACCCUCCGGGCCACCACCCGGACCGUGCUGCGCAAGAUCGAGCCCUUCACACAGCUACGUCGGGAGGCCAGAGACGCCCUGACCCAGGCUUCCUCAUCCGUCCAGGCAGCCACACUGACUGUCACAGGAGCCAGGACCCUGCUGGCCGACCUGGAAGGAAUGAAGCGGCAGUUUCCGCAGCCCAGGGACCAGGCCACGCUGGGGAGGAAGGCAGGCGUCGUCAGCGACAGGCUCCUUGUAGACUUGAAGAAGAAGACCAAGCAGGCGGAGAGGAUGCUGGGCAACGCAGCGUCUGUCUCCUCCAGUGCCAAGAAGAAGGGCAGGGAAGCCGAGCUGUUGGCCAAGGACAGUGCUAAGCUCGCCAAGGCCUUGCUCAGGGAGGGCAAGCAGGAACACCGCCGGGCAGGCCGGCUCUCCAGCCAGACACGGGCGAUGUUCCGACAGGCCUCCCGGCAGGUGCUCACCUCACAGGCCCGCAGACGGGAGCUGGAGGACGCAGAGCAGAUGGGUGCCAGGCUGAAUUCCUUGGAACGGCAGAUCCGAGAAUCGCGUGCCUCCCUAGAGAGGGACGUCCAGGCCUUGUCGGAGCUGCUCUCCAGGCUGGGGUCGCUGGACACCCAUCAGGCCCCAGCCCAGGCCCUGAACGAGACCCAGUGGGCACUGGAGCACCUGAGGCUGCAGCUGAGCCCGCCGGGAGCCCUGCAGGGGAAACUGAGGCUGCUACAGCAGGAGUCGGAGCAGCAGGAGCUGCAGAUCCAGAGCUUCGAGAACGACCUCGCUGAGAUCCGUGCCGACAAGCAGAACCUGGAGGCCAUUCUGCAUAGCCUGCCCCAGAGCUGUGCCAGUUGGCAGUGAGGGCCGCCCAGGACACCCCUCCCCCAACUCUGUGGCCCUGGCCAGGGCAGGCACAUGCACCCCACAGGUGCACCCUUGCAGACACACCCCCCAGAGCCUGUGGCUGUGUGCCCACC